CUUAACCUAUGACGCUCAAAGUGUCGUUCAAGUGUAUAGAAGAGACCUCUGGUUAAUCUCGGUGCACGGGCCACAUCAACCCAAAGAAGAAACCUCUCCAGCAUCAAAUCCCCAUCCGAUACAAUUAACAACAACCACCUCUUCUCCCCCGGGUCUUCUUCAAAAUGAUCCAAACACGCAUGCUCUCCAAAGAAGACGAGACCCGCGGCGAAGACAACGAAGUCCGCCGCGAGGACCAAGAGAAGAUCAACCGGUUCAGUCGCCUGCACCAACGGGAGACGGUGCUGGAAGAGCAAUUGAAACUGAAGCAGAAAGACAAAGAAGACCUCGAAGAAAUCUCCACAGAACUCGAACUAGCCGAUGAAGACGAUCUGGUUCCCUACAAAAUCGGCGACUCCUUCUUUCACCUCCCCCUGGAAGAGGCACAAGCCCUCCUGGCCACCUCAACCGAGCAGAUCGACACCGAGGUGAGCAAGCUGGAAGAGUCGCUGGGGGACCUGCGCGAGGAGCUGCAGCAGCUCAAGGUGGCGCUGUAUGCGCGGUUCGGGCGGAGUAUUAACUUGGAGACUUAGUCGGUCCUCUGUCUCUCUGGUUGUGGUGCUGGGUUGGGUUUUUUGUUUUGUUUAGUGGUUGGAUGGGUUAAGCUGGAUGUUGGUUGUAUUCUAGUUUGACGGCUUCCAAGGUUAUGAGAUUCUUUUAUUUUCCUUCUUU